AUGGGCGAUCGGCAUCACAUGUCCCGACGAGGACCGAAUACUUCGCUGUAUGUCCGGCCAAUUGAUGCUUCUACCAGACCUGACGAAAUCAAGCUGCUUUUCCAGGAAUACGGAAAUGUCCGAGAUGUACACAUUCCGAUCGACUUCAAUACCCGCCAGCCUCGCGGUUUCGCCUAUAUUGAGUUUGAAACCAUCGAGGACGCCGAGUAUGCUCAGAAGAAACUAAACAGGACCCGCUUGAAUGACAAAAUGCUCCACGUGGAUUUUGCGCAGGGCGAUAGAAAAACUCCGGGUCAAAUGAAGACGCAAAAGGAAGCGACGGCCCUUCGACUUCAAAUUGAAGAAAUCAAACGAAUGCAGCAAGAACAGAUGCGAAAAGCACGAGAGGAUGAAAUGAGAAGGGAGGGAAUUCCGAUCUCCAAGUCGGACAGGGAUGCCUACAGUGACAGGCGAUACACGAAAAGAGACGACCGUGAUCGUGACCGGGACAGACGCGAUCGUGAUCGAGGCCGAGAUCGACGAAGCAGGGAUCGAGAUCGACGACGAUCACGUGAUCGGGAUGACCGAAGAGGUGAUCGUGACCGAGACGGUCGAAGAGGAGACCGUGAUCGAGGCGAUCGAGAUGAUCGACGAGGCGGAAGAGAAGAAGAACGCUCGAGAGAUCGAUCUAGAGAUCGUGGAGGCUCCAGACGAGAUCGUGACGACCGACGAGGGAGAGGAGGAUCCCGUGACGAGCGCGAUUUCGGUCGCGGCGAUAGAGGAGGUUUUCGAGAUAGAUCGCGCUCUCCAAGACGAGAUCGUGGCGAUCGUGACAUGCGAGUGAAAGACGAAAGACACAUUGACGGGUACUCUGGCCAAUACAACCAAGGCGGCAGAAACGAUGAUCGCGGCUACGGAGGUCAUGGAGGCCAUCAUGAUGAUCGCGGAUUCGGUAGUUACGGUGGCUCAUCCCAUUAUGGACAUGAUGAUCGCGGCGAGUCGAGACCUAACUACGAUCCUUGA